AUGACAAAAAUCCGACAAAAACCGCUCAAAUUGGUGUGCUCGAAAACACUCCUAUUCUUCACACGAGACACGAAGCACAAAAUCUUCCACAAAACAAGAUGUGCAGAGGCAGGAUCCUGUACUCAGAACAGGUGUAAUACCUUGAAACCUCACGAAAACGUAGAGGAACUACAGGUAGCCAACAAAUAUCCGGGAUACUCUGCUUGCGAGCAUACUUGCGGUGGACUAUUAUGUGGAUGCUUUCUGCCUGUACAAGCAUGUUCAUUCAUCAGGGUCGCCCAAAUACCGAUAUCAAAACCAGUGUAUGAGGUCGUCAGUUGCAAAGACUGGACACCCUUAAUCGAAUUCGAAGUAGAAUUCAAAGUCCAUAAUAUGGAACAACACAGGGAAUUCACUCUCAUGCCUUACGUCACACAAUCGCAUGAAGAGAUAGCUCUCACAGUGAUAUCAAUUCAGAGACCAACUGCAUCCCUUAUUCGAUCAGCGCUUUGCAGUCUCACAGGAAGAAGCUCUAUAAUCAGAUGGUUUGUAACUGCAAUAGCUACAAAACGCCACAAACUUGCCAUUGUCCACAACAAGCAAUAA